AUGCUGGCCUCUCUUGUGAACCUCGUCAUCGCCUCGGCGAUUGGCGUUGCGGCUCUGCCAAACGGCGAAAAGCUCAGCAACAUUGCUGGACGCGGUCUCUUCGCCCCUAUUGCGACCAGCAACCCAGCCGGCAUCUCUGGCGGAACCACUGCUACUGCCGCUGAUGGAGCUCCCGUGUCCUCCUUCUUCGCUGGACUGAAGCCUCCGUUCCCGACCAACUCCUGGUGGGCUUCCUAUGCCGCCACUCCCGGCAACGGCACCGCCUCGGGUCCUUUCCCGUAUGAGUCGCAGCUCGACGGCUUCGGCAUCAACUUUGGCUUCAGCAACAACCGCCAAUGGGACGGCACAUCCAUCAAGCAGCCCACGCAGAACGACUGGCGCGCCGGCUUCGUCGAGCACUCGGGCAACUUUGCCAACCACAAGGCCACGGCCUUUGACACGCACUCGGUGACGGUGCAGUACUUCCAGGGCGGCGCGUCCUUGACCUCUCCCCUGAUCCCUGGAUCUCCUUACAUCACGCUCCAGUACCAGGCUGCCACGCCUCUGCUGACGUCGCGAAACGGCGGCAUCACUUCCUUCAACGGCCAGAACCUUGCCAACGGCCAGAGUGUCACUGCUACCGGCACUUCGUUCACCGUUGUCGACUCUACCGGUACCACCUACGUGAUCUACGCUCUGUCUUCCAUCACCCUGACUGCCACCGCCACCAACGGCGCCCAGGGUACUAUCAAGGCCAGCGGCACUUACAACGGCGUCCUUCGUCUGGUCAGACUCAUCCAGGCCAGCCACAAGACUCUCCUAGAUCAGCACUACACCGUCUACCCGACCGCGGUCGGCUUGGACUACACCUUCACCACCACCACUGGCACCCUCAUCUUCAACUACAACACUGUUGGCGAUGGCAGCCAGCUGCUGAUGCUGACCUGGCCUCACCACCGUCUGUCUCUGCAGAACCCCAACUCGCCCCCGACCUCGUCUCUGGGCUACCUCACCACCAAGGGAUGGAUGUACCCUACCCUCGGCAACCAGUGGAAGCUCCUGUACCAGCUCAGCAGCAUUACCUGGAACCCUCCUCGUGCCCUUGACUCCUCUUGCAGCGCUUCUGUUAUCCAGGGUCUUCAGUACGAGAUUGGCCAGCUCAACGUCGCCAACGCUCCCGUUCCCAACGAGUUCUACUACUGGGGUGGCAGCCUUGCCGCCACUGCCCGUCUUGCCCUCAUUGCUGAGUCUGUUGGCCGUACUGACCUGAUCCCUCAAGUCACCAACUACCUCAAGGCUUCUUUCAACAACUGGUUCCAGCCCACCAGCGGAGCUUCUCCCGCUUACGAGACCUCUUGGGGCGGUGUUAUUGACAAGGCCGGUGCUACCAACUCGGGUAUCGACUUUGGCAACGGAUACUACAACGACCACCACUUCCACUACGGAUACUUCCUCACUGUUGCUGCCGUCAUUGCCAAGUACGAUGCUACCUGGUUGGCCCAGCACAAGGACUUUAUCAACUGGUUCGCACGAGACAUCAUCAACCCAUCUCCCCAGGACCCCUACUUCCCCGUCACCCGAUGCCGUGACUGGUUCGCCGGCCACUCUUGGGCCUCUGGAAUCGCCAACGGAGCCGGAAGCCGUGACCAGGAGUCCACCGGUGAGGCUGUCAACGGCUACUACGGUGCUCUCCUUUGGGCCACCGUCGCUCUGUCUCAGGACUACGUCAACUACGCCAAGCUCCUCGUCGCCACCGAGCAGCAGGGUGCCCAGGUCUACUGGCACUUGUACCCCCAGCAGAGCCAGACCGACCCCAACAACCCCUACCCCGAGCCUGCGCUCCGAAACCUGAUCACCAUUGGCAAUGUCGAGGACUGGCAGUCCGGUGCCUGGCUGUUUUGGGGCGACCAGAAGAGCGAGAUUGCCGCCAUCCAGAUGCUUCCCGUUACCCCUAUCAAUGAGGUCUUGUACGACACCCAGUGGGUUAACAACGUCUGGAACUACGCCCAGAACGAGAUUCUCGACCCAGCCAUUGCCGAUGACUGGCGUUGUGUUUUGAUUGCUGCUUACUCCAACGCCAACCCCCAGACCGCUGCCGCUUGGAGUGCCAACCUCACCACCUGGGGAUCUGGAAACACCUUCACCAACGAGCUCUUCUUCAUCGGCACUCGUCCCAACCCCAGCGGCAAGCCCAUCUGCGGCUCCAACUUCCCCCAGAACCCCUACGGCAACUUCAAGAUCCAGUCCGCCACGACCGGCCAGUGGGUUGUUCCCAACAGCGCCUCCUCCAACCUCGUUGCCUCCGGCAGCCAGGCCAACGCCGGCGUCUUCGUCAGCGCAUACACUCCCAACGCCGGCACCCUCAAGCUCACCAGCAACAACCAGUACGUCACGGCCGACCAGUCCGGCAACUUUGCCCUGCAGGCUGCCCGUGCUACUGCUUCUUCCUGGGAGGUCUUCACCAUCCGCCAGAAGAUUGGUGCUGCCUCUGGCGUGUACACCAUCAAGGCUGGUAGCAACAAGCUGUGGGUUGGCCUGGCUGCUGAUGGAUCGCUCGUUAACAACGCGGCCACGGAGGCAGCUGCCGCUGGUUUCCGCUUUGUUUCAUCAUAA